UAUUCGAAUUCUUGGUGUCCAAUUAUAAAAUGGAUGUUUACACCGUGAUAGGCUUUGUUACAACAUUUGUAUCAUUCAUUACGUACACUGUGUCUUUCUCUGCACCAUUUUGGUAUUACAUUGACCUUGACACACAGGAGGUUUAUGGCGGAAUGUGGCAAACGUGUGUUUCCAAUUAUAUCACUAAGACGUGUUCGAAUAAUGUGCAAGGUUAUAACACAGGAUGGAAACCAGCCUACCAAACCUUUGGAUGCCUAGCACUCAUCUGUGUCAUCCUAAAUCUUAUAUUGAUGAUUAUCUUUGUGUUCAAAUGGAGGCACAAAGACUGGCUACGUAAAGCUAUUAUUUCCGUAUCUUUUGCCACUGCUGUGAUGAGUUUUAUAUGUGUUACGAUCUUCGCUGCCAAAUUCAGGAAUCCAGAUUAUAAGACAGAAGAUCUAAGCUUUUGCUUUUACCUGGCCAUUAUUGCAAUUCUGACAUCUAUAUGUACAGGUGUGAUUGUGAUUGUUGGGAAAAUUAAAGGAGAAUGAAUAU